AUUGGAGGCUGCAAUCGCAGUGGCGACAAUCCGCUCGAGCAUUGUGCGCUGCAACAAUGUUCUCCGUCAAUAUUGCUUGUUCGUCCACCCAUCGAACAAUCGUCAACUGGGUCUUGACGCGGGAUGCAAUGCACAAGGAGUGGUGUGACCGAACGAGUCCGGUGGCCCGAAUAGGAUGAUGUUCCCACGGGGAGCAGUAUGGCCGGUCUCAGCCUCGCUCGGAGAUGCUCCCACCAAGUCCCAUCUUCGCCUCUGCAGUUGCCCGCCAUGCGCACAUCAUCCAGAGACAGUCUUAGACACGACAACAGAUCAUCCUACUCGCUAGCUACUGUCCAUGAUAUGCCCUCGCCCACCGCCCGUACGUCGCUCCUUGCUCCCGACUCCGACGAGCCGUCUUAUGGCACCACUCCUCCCGCCCCGCCCUCCAACCGCCGCAUCCUCCUCUAUGCCACUCUCAAGAUGGCCGCGGUCUUCAUAUUGAGCACAGCCUUUCUCGGAGGGACGCUCUGGUUUGCCCUUCCAACACUAGACGAGGAGGAUCGCCCCGACCUUCGUGUCCCAAAGUCCUUUGCGCAACUGCAGGCGCUCAAUACUCUCCUUAAGAAAUACCGUGAUAUUUAUCCCUACCGCAUCAUCAUCUGCUAUGUGAACACCUACCUCUUCCUGCAAGCCUUCUCACUACCGGGGUCUAUGUACCUCUCUAUCCUCGGCGGCGCCAUGUGGGGCGUUCCGCGCGCACUUUUGCUCGCAUGCACUUGCGUAGCCUCCGGCGCGACACUAUGCUAUCUCAUCAGCGCCGCGUUCGGGCCUGCGCUGCUCACGAUGCCCAAAUGGAAAGCGCGUGCAGAUAUAUGGGCAGAGAAGAUCAGCGCGCAGAAGGACAACCUCAUUUCAUACCUCAUCGUCCUACGCAUCGCGCCGCUCCCACCGCACUGGGUCGUGAACGUCCUGUGUCCACACCUCGGCAUCGGCAUCAUUCCUUUCUGGAUCAGCACCUGGCUCGGUAUUCUUGGUGUGACUGUCAUUCACACCACUAUCGGCGGCAGCCUCGAUGACAUGACAUCCGCGGCCGACUUCCAUCUCAUCUCUUGGAAGAAUUUCUUCAUGCUCACGGCAGUCGUUAUUGGUGUCAUGAUCCCCGUUGGCCUGCGAUACUACUUUAAGAGCGAGCUCGCAACCGUCGUUGAUGUCGAGGCAGACGCGGAAAGUAUCGCGGCGCGCUACACUGAUGAUGCGAGCGACCUCCUACUUGAGGAGGGCCCGCAGGUGGAGCCGAGCAAAGGCAAGGACGUACGGUUAAUCAUGCUCUCUGACGACGAGGAGGAUUACUCCGACGGCGAAUCGGACGAGGACAUUAUUCUGGAGGCAGGGCCGGCGCUUGUCGUCAAGGCAGGAGACAAACCCGUAGACGACUCCCGACGGGACUGGCGCCAAGAAGACCUCCUAUGAUUCACUCGUGCAAGUCAGUGAGAAUGAAUGGACACAAACGCUUGCACAGAAUCACCCGAAGCGAUGAGUAGACCUGUAGGCCAUGUAUCAUGCAAGUGUUGAUUACUUUUGACUCUCGUUCAGUCGCUGCUGCCGCUUUCAGUUUCUCUACUUGUGUGGAAUCGUCUUUCUUCGUGUAGAUUUGCGGGCUAGUGCUCACUCGUCAUAUCAGUAUCUUACUCGUUUGUAGCGUAUUAGCGCUUGCUACAGCUGUACAAUACGUAAUGUGUGCUCUAAGUACCUCCGGCGCGUGUAGUCCUCGGUGAUCUGAGACCGGCAACGACUGUAGGCG